AUGUUGGAAAAUAAGGAGUUAUUUUUAAUAAUUACAUUUAUUGUUUAUGCAUUCCAAGGAUUAUUAAUUAUUAUUUGCAAUGGUGUGGUUGAAUUAGCAUUAAUUAAACAUCGACAUCUCAGACGCCAAUAUAUCAUUUUAUUUGCGCAG